CUUCCACUACAUUAAUAGCUAUUGUAUAUUCAUACAAUCACCCUCAAAUUCUUAUUAUACACCAUACAGACUACUUAGUACUCAUGCAAUCAAUCCCACAAAUUCAACUGUAUAUACAUCACACCCCACCAACACUCCAUAAUUUCAAUGUCUUAAUCUUUUUCCAAAUAGCAAUACUUUUCAAUUCUGAGAAAAAAUCAUCCCAGAUUAAUUUGAUUAGCAUCACACCCUUUGAUCUAUGCAAACUAAUCACAGUCAUUUUCUGUGUUUUGUUUUUUCGUAAAGAUUCAUUUUUGGAGGUUCUUGAAGUCAAAAGAAGGCGCUUUAAAAAGGUUUUUUGUUUCAGUUUGUUUUGUGUUUUUUCUCUUUUAUAGUCAUCGAUCAUCACGCGUCUUCAAGAAACAGUCUUGCAAUUUUUUGUUUUUUGUUUUUAGAUUCUAUGAAUUUAAAAAUUUCUGGGAUUUUUCAUGUCCCAACUGGGUGUGUGAUGGUCCGUUGAAGAGCAAGUGUUGUGUAUUUUGUUACUAGUUUCUGAUGAAAAUGGAGCAGUUUUUCCGAGCUAAAAGUCUUCUGUUGGAGGCGUUACUCUUGUGCUGCCUUCACCUGCUCAAUCUGAAUUCUUGCUUCUCUCUCAAUGAUGAAGGCGUGGCUUUGCUGAGGCUUAGGAACAGAGUGGCAAGCGAUCCAGAAGGGGCUCUGUCGAAUUGGAUUGAUAAAAAUGGAGUGGAAACCCCGUGUUGUUGGUUUGGAGUUGAGUGCUCAAAAGGCCAUGUUGUAGCCUUGAACCUCAAAGAUCUGCGUCUGAGUGGUACUCUGCCUCCUGAGAUGGGCAACCUCCUUCACGCCAACUAUAUAAUUCUGCGCAACAAUUCCUUUUCUGGUGUAAUCCCUGAAGAGAUGGCGAAUUUGAGACAACUACGAGUUUUAGACCUCCGACAUAACAACUUCAGCGGACACCUUCACAACUAUUUCUCACCACCAAUCGUUUUACUUGACAACGACCAGCUGCUUAGCACCACAACCACUUCAUCUACCAGCCAACUAGUAAUUUCCCGGAGCUCAGAGAAAACUGGCAAUGUUGGCCGACGAAAACUGAGACAAGAUUCUCCUUCUGUGCAAAUGGAAAAGUUGUUUUGGUUUCCUCCUCCAAGUCCGGAAUCCACAUUGCCACCACCUAAUCCGGUGCCAGCUCCAGAGACGGCUCCUGCUCCUUUGCCGCCAGCAACGAAGCCUUCAUCACCUUCACCUUCGCCUUCUUCUUCUUCUCCUCCGUCUCCGGUUACAUCUAUUUCACCGUCUCAUCCGCCUGGCCAAGCUGCAUCUUCUAGUGGGCAUCAUCAUCAUCGGCUUCUGAUAGUCUCUGCUGCAGCUGGAGGCCCUUUGUUGCUUCUCUUGAUAAUCGGUAUCUACUUUUGGCGAAGUGGUAAGGUUUCUACUGUCAAGCCCUGGGCUACAGGAUUAAGUGGACAACUUCAGAGAGCUUUUAUAACUGGUGUCCCGAGGCUUAAGAGAUAUGAAGUGGAGGCGGCGUGUGAAGAUUUCAGCAAUGUGAUUGGGUCGGCAUCUUUAUGUAGUUUAUAUAAGGGUACUUUGUCAAGUGGAGUUGAGAUAGCAGUCGCCUCCAUUGCAGUCGGAUCAUCAAAGCAAUGGUCCACCUCCAUGGAAGCCCACUUCAGGAACAAGAUCGACACAUUAUCAAAAGUGAAUCACAAGAAUUUUGCUAGCUUACUGGGAUACUGUGUGGAAGAGCAGCCUUUCACUAGAAUGAUGGUUUUCGAGUAUGCUCCAAAUGGAACACUCUUUGAGCACUUGCACAUAAGAGAAGCCGAGCACUUGGAGUGGGCAACUCGAAUGAGGAUAGCAAUGGGCAUGGCCUACUGCCUCGACCACAUGCACCAAAUGCUUCCACCAUUCAUCCACAGAAACUUCAAGUCCUCAGCCGUGUAUCUCACCGAAGACUACGCCGCAAAAGUGUCCGAUUUCGCCUUCUCAGACGACGAGACCAGAUCUGCACGAGCAGACGCGCAGAGCAACGUGUACAGCUUCGGCGUGGUGCUCUACGAGAUGAUCACCGGCAAGCUCCCAUACACGGCGGGCAGUGAUUCUCCCCAACACUGGGCGUCGGAUUAUCUCAGUGGGCUGCAAUGUCUAAGAGAGAUGGUCGACCCCACUCUCGAGACGUAUGGAAGAGAUGAGCUUCAACGGAUUGGUGGCGUGAUAACAUCGUGUACGGAGCCGGAGCCCAGGCGGAGGCCCACUAUGAAGGAGGUUUGCGCGCAGCUGAGGGAGAUCACGGGGAUAGAGCCCGAGGUGGCCGUGCCGAGGUUGUCGCCCCUUUGGUGGGCGGAGCUCGAGAUUCUAUCCACUUGAAUUGAGUAUUCCAAGGAGAAGAUGAUCAAUUAAUUUAUAAGAUUAAAUGGUAGAUUAGUUUGGAUUCAAUCCACUCUAUUACUAAAGGUAAACGUCCUGCCUUUAAAUAUUUGAACUUUUUUUUCUCCCUCAUUAUACAUUUCUUGAGUGUGGAAGAAAGUUUUUCUUGCUGCUUUGCUACUGGCAAUGCAGUAAGCUCCAUGGGAGAUUUUGUAUAUAUAUAGACAGAGAAGAAGCAUUUCAAUUUUUUGUGGAUUUUUUACACUUUGUGCAUGAUGUCUUAAUUAAGACAUGGAGCAUGUGUUACAAUGCUUCAAAUGAGUACUAUGUUCCACACUUAAAUGAGUACCGUGUGGAAAUGUAUAUUCCGUUGGUUUUAAGUAUCAAACGCAUCAUUAUAUUA